UCCUUCAAGAAGAAGGGUUUAAGAUCUCACGGAGUUCUCUAUAUCGCCGUCGUAUAGAUAUGGGUAUCGUACGAAAGGUACGAGGUAUUGAUGCACAACAGGCUAAAAGUGAGAAGGUAAUGCAGCUCAUACGGGAAGGCUUAGAGUCAGGAGUAAUUAAUGGGUUUGGUCGAGGCCUACUCCAUGCACAUUUCCUAGGAGCUAGAGUCCAGAUUACACGAGAUCGGCUAUUAAUCCAGAGGGUGUACGACACCGCUAUCAUGAUUUUUAGCGCCAUAGAGGCCAGUAUAUUAUAAAAGGUCCUGAUUAUAUCUGGAGUAUGGAUGGGUACCACAAGCUUAGCUUAUACGGUAUUAAGAUCUAUGCCUGUAUAGAUGUAUACUCAAGAUAUAUUAUCUGGGCCUAUGUUGGUAUCUCAUCUGCUAUAGCAGUUAGUUAUCUCUUUCAGUUUCUAGAAACUUUAAGAAUUAGAGGUAUCCAGCCACGCUUCGUACGAAGUGAUAGAGGUGGUGAGACAACUCGUAUGGCAAAUAUUCAGUGGAAUCUCCGCCAGGUUGAUGACCCAGAGAUUCCACUAAAUCAAUGCUGGAUGUUUGGGACAAGUACAUCUAAUCAAAGGAUUAAGGCUUGGUGGGCACAGCUUUCUAAGGUCCGAGUGUGCGCUUGAAUUAUGGUAACUUACAAUCUUAUCAGUCUUCUACCACCUGCGAAGCUACUAUGCAGAUGCAGACUAAGCGGGGCUUCUCACAGCCUUGUCUGUGUGGA